CAACCACUGGGAUACCUCCCAACCCCUCCCCUCUCCCACUAGUCCCCUCCACGGACAGUGUAGCCCUAACAACAGAUCCCAACCUCAACUGAACCAGGACUUCCCAUCUGAUGCAGAUGGAAGCUGCUACACAGAGCUGGUCCCCGGCCCUCAGAGCUACGUGGAGAGGCUGCAGACAGAGGAAGGGUCCGUGGGCAUUGAUCCACUGAGGGUAGAGACAGGAAUGUGUACGUCACCGGUGUGUGUAGACAGUCUCUUCCUUCAAACCAGCAGGUACCAGUCACUGCUGAUGCCCAACGAGAAUAAACCUUUGGAGGUGGGCAUCCUGCGGAGGGUGAAGGAGCUGCUGGCCGAAGUUGACCCCAAGACAGCGGCAAAGCAUAUCACCAAGGCUGACUGCAUGGUGGCCAGAAUUCUGGAGGUGACUCCUGAGGUGCAAAGGAUGAUGGGAGUUAGUUCUGGGAUGGAGCUGCUCACGUUGCCACAUGGCCAUCAGUUGAGACUGGACCUGCUGGAGAGGUUCCAAACCAUGGCGACUAUGUUGGCUGUAGAUGUGUUGGGUUGCACAGGGACGACUGAGGAGAGGGCCAGUCUGUUGCAUAAAAUCAUCCAAAUCGCUGCUGAACUCAAGAGCACUAUGGGCAACAUGUUUGGCUUCACUGCUGUCAUGAGAGCCUUAGAGCUCCCACAGAGAGAGUGGAGACAGACACAAACAGGAAACAUUAGGAGCGAAAGAGGGAUGACAUGCAACAGAGGCCCCUGGCUGAACAUGAAACUCCGCUCGAGUCUCAAAUCUUCAUUUCAGAACAGUUAUCAGGGCAAAGCCAUAAUCAGAU